GCAGCGAAACGAAACCCCUUCCCUGCCUGCCACAUUCUCCCCAAGCCAACAAAGGAAUCCACUUUGAAAUAAAAAAAUGCAAAGCUCAGCCAGAGCCAGCUAUAUCGGUUCCUAGCUAACACAACAACAAAACCCUACAUCUCGUUACAGUCUCUAAACCCUAUCUUUAGAUUCUCAACUGAUCCAAAGCUCGCUUUUCGACUUUCAUCCAAGCACGAAAGCCUGGGAGAAGAAGCUCACGUUGUUGCCAAGAAAGAGUCAACAGUGAAAGAAUGAGUGGUGAAGAAGAAUCUAUAGAGCAAGCAGCUGCAGCACGUCGUGAGAGGCUGAGAGCUUUACGCGCAGCUCAAGAUCUCCUCAACACUCCAGAUGAUGACUCGGCUGUUCAAGUUGACAAUGAGACUGAUGUUGCGAACGAAGAAAACAAUCUCAAUAUGAAAUUUCGUAAUUACCUUCCUCAUGACAAGCAACUUCAAGAGGGCAAACUUGCUCCACCUGUGCUACCCAAGUUUGAAGACCCAGUUGCAAUAGUACCUGUACCAGAGGAGAGGAAAGAGGAUCCAUUUGUGAACAUUGCUCCAAAAAAACCAAACUGGGACCUUCGAAGGGAUUUACAAAAGAAGCUCGAUAAGCUUGAGAGACGCACACAGAAGGCGAUGUUUCAACUUAUGGAGCAACAAGAAAAGGAGAAGCAUUUGGCUGAAGAAGGCAGGAAUAGUGAUUAAAAACCAUAACUCAUGUAAAUCUAGGACCAACUUACAGACUUACUCAACUUAGUGAGGAGUAACAGCCGGGAAUAUAUAGUCAGAGGACCAAGCAUGUCAAUCUGGUGGACUGACUUUGAGAAAAGAAAAUGUGGCGGCAUGGGGCCAUUGUGUAUGGAAAAUACACUACUAUGUAUUGUAUGAAGUGUUUUUUAUUUUUACCAGCUUCUGUUUUUAUUUUUAUUUUAUAGCCUUGUUAUAUCAUGCAUUCU